AUGAUACGAUUUUCUCGCAUUGGAAUGUCAUCGGGUAAGAAACAAGCUACUUUGGCAAAGUUUUUUAGCUCCAAGAAGAGAAACGGCGAUGAGCCAGCCAAACUAGAGGAUUUGGCCAAAAGACCAAAGCUCGAUAAAGCCAUUGAACAGCCGAGUAGUCUUGCAGACACACAAGACUCAGUUUCCAAAGCUGUGGAAACCGAGUUGGAAGUUUCCCCCCUCACGUCUUUGAGGCCAAGCAAACCUGUUGUUAAAAACGACAUCGCUAAUGCGCCCAAAAUUCAGCCUGUCGCCCCAAAAGAGUCUAAAAUCUUGUACUCGGCGAUCUGCAAUCUCUUCAACGAGGUCGAAGGUACCUCGUCGAGACUACAAAUUGUCAAGCUGUGCAGCGACUUUUUAUACUCGGUUUUGUCCAAGACUCAAAACGACCUUGUGCCUAUUACCUACUUACUUAUCAACAGGCUAGGACCCGAUUACCAGCCCGGCCUCGAGCUCGGGCUUGGAGAGGGUCUGCUGAUGAGGACGAUCAGCGAAAGUUGCGGCAAAUCCCUGGCCCAGGUGAAAGCUCGUUAUCGAGAACUCGGGGACUUGGGCCGCAUAGCACAGGAGGCGCGAUCUGUUCAGCCCACAAUGUUCAAACCAAAACCUUUGACUACGGGUGAAGUGUUUUCGAACUUGCAGGCAAUUGCCAAGUCUCAGGGCAAGGACUCUCAGCUACGGAAAGUUCAACUAAUCAAGAAAAUGUUGACAGCUUGUCAAGGAGUAGAGGCCAAGUUUUUGAUUAGAUCUCUGGAAUCCAAACUCAGAAUUGGGCUUGCAGAAAAGUCCGUCUUGAUUGCUCUUUCGAAAGCUAUCCUAAUGCAGGAACACGACGGUAAAGAGCCAUCCAGCGAUUUGAUAGAUGCGGCUGAGGAAAAGAUUCGUGACGCGUUCUGCCAAGUUCCAAAUUAUGAAAUAGUGAUCAAAACCGCCCUUGAGCACGGUAUCAUGAACCUCGAUAAACACUGUGUGUUGACCCCAGGCAUUCCACUGAAACCUAUGUUGGCCAAGCCGUCCAAAUCUGUCUCGGAAGUGUUGGAUCGCUUCCAGGGACACAGGUUUACCUGCGAAUACAAGUACGACGGUGAAAGAGCACAAGUACACCUGUUACCAGAUGGAACAAUGCAUAUUUAUUCCAGAAAUGGCGAAAGCAUGACGGAGAGAUAUCCUGAGAUCAAAAUAGCCGAUUUUAUUGCUGACAAGGACGCAACACAUACGUUAAUUCUUGAUUGCGAGGCGGUCGCGUGGGACAAAGAUAGAAACACCAUUUUGCCUUUCCAAGUAUUGAGCACGCGGAAACGGAAAGGUGUUGUGGCUGAGGAUGUCAAGGUGCGAGUGUGCUUAUUUGCGUUUGACAUUCUGUGCUACAACGAUGAGCCCCUGAUAAACCGGUCAUUUGCAGAACGUCGUGAAUACUUGCACCGUGUGCUGAAGCCCGUUCCAGGCGAGCUACAGUUUGCCAGCGAGAUGACGACCGUAAGCCUGGACGAAAUGCAGCAAUAUCUGGACCAGUCGGUCAAGGACUCGUGCGAGGGUCUGAUGGUGAAAUCGCUGGACGGCGAAGAAUCGCAAUACGAGCCCAGCAAGCGGUCGCGGAAUUGGCUAAAGCUGAAAAAGGACUAUUUACAAGGUGUCGGAGACUCAUUGGACCUAUGUGUGUUGGGUGCAUAUUACGGGCGCGGAAAACGUACAGGCACAUACGGAGGCUUUUUGCUGGGGUGCUACAACCAGGACAGCGGCGAGUUUGAGACCUGCUGUAAGAUCGGCACUGGGUUUUCAGAUGAGAUGCUACAGAAGCUUUACGACGAACUGAAGCCCACGGAAAUUGCCACACCCAAGGCUUUCUACGUGUACAGCGAGUCGGCGCCGCCCGACGUUUGGUUCGAGCCCUCGAUGCUUUUCGAGGUCCUCACCGCUGAUUUGUCGCUGUCACCGGUGUACAAGGCCGGCAGCAGCUCUCACGACAAAGGUGUUUCGCUGCGGUUUCCAAGAUUUAUUCGCAUACGAGACGAUAAGAAUGUGGAAGAUGCCACUUCCUCCGAACAAGUGAUAGAAUUCUACGAGAGUCAGCCUCAUAUGGGCUGA